AACGAGCCAAGUGGACCCCUAAAAUCGACAGACCGACAUUGACUUCGUUAGACUCACCCAUUUAACCAUUUACUAACUCGAUUUAUUACGAAACACUUAUUAAAAGGAACAUAUUCCCACUUUCAAUCGCUCAUUUGCAACAACGUCUGCCUUAUACCUAGGUAGGCAUUCACGCGAUUCGCACUAAGCUACAUGGUCGGUCAUCAUGGAGCAGUACUAUUAUACAUGGGAGCCAGAUAAUCGUUAAUCAUGUCUUUUGGGAGUUCAGAGUUGGUCGGAAAUACUCUGAGGUCCUCCCAAACUCCGCGCAUGUCUCCCUUCUUGCGCAGUUGGGCAGGACGGACUUUGAGAAUGACCACCAGUCCGCCAAAAUCUCAGAUAUGGCACCCUGCACGGGGCAUAUCCUUCUCAUCAGUUACCCGGUCACCAAAUUUGGCGCCUCAAGACCCGGAGUCUUUAAACCAAGCCGCUGCAUUUAGUCACCAAACACAGUCGUCGGUAUUAUCUGUCUCCAAUGGCCUGAGAGCUUCUCCGUACUCCAAGGUCGAGAAGAUAUCGCUGUCAGGUGUAAAACGUAAACCCCGUAAGUCCAAAAAGGCUACGCCCGAAGUAACCGAAACUGCAGAUGGGAGUUCCCAUGUUGCUCUCGCAGACGGGCAAACGGAAUCGUCGAAGGUGAAAACCUCCGAUCACCCUCCCGUUGCUACCUUGCCUUUCAAAAUGGUGGAAGAGUUGUUCUACGCUGCUAAAAAGGCACCUGCUGGCACGCCUGCUUCCUAUUGGUCAUAUACCCAAUAUCGGGGAAUGACAGAAGAUGGCAAAGAGGAAAGGGUAAAAGUUCAUUACUGCCGAAGCACCUAUACGAUGGAAAAGAUCUGCAAAGACUAUUUUUCAAAUGAAAAGAUACUCGGAUUCGACCUUGAAUGGGCCGCCGACUCUUACAGGUAUGAAAGUGUUAAGAAGAAUGUCUCUUUAAUUCAGUUGGCAAGUCCCAGCCGCAUUGGACUCUUCCACGUCGCUCUCUUCCCCGAUAAAGAUGAUCUGGUCGGGCCCACGUUUAGGGCUAUUAUGGAAGACCCUUUCAUUACAAAGGUCGGCGUUAAUAUCAAGUCGGAUGCGACAAGGAUACGGAAUUUCCUAAGCAUAGACUCGAAAGGGCUCAUCGAGUUGAGCCAUCUUUAUAAGCUCGUUACCUACUCUGCCGAAGGGCGGCAGCGCGAAAUCAACAAGAAACUUGUACCUCUGGCAACUCAGGUAGAGCAUUACCUGCAUUUACCUCUUUACAAGGGCACGGAUGUCCGGACGAGUGACUGGACGAAGCCUUUGAGCUUUGAUCAAGUUACUUAUUCCGGCUCGGACGCCUAUGCCGGAUUGCAGCUUUUUGCUACGCUUGACCAUCACAGACAACAGCUUCGCCCUUGCCCGCCGCCACCUUACCACGCAGAGCUGAAUCUCCCCAUCCGCCUAGCAGAUGGGUUGGAACUUUCUACGGAUGAUGAGCCUGCAGUUGAAGCAGUGGUAGAGACAGUUGUUGAAGCUACCGUCAUAGCGACUGAGACAACAACAACUGCAACUGCGACAUCGACUGCAAAAUCUAAAACCACGUCUAAGCGGUCGUCGGCUCCCAAAGACUCCCGGGUCGAGAUUGCCGAGGACCGCGUUGCUCGCUACCGCGCCACGCAUCCUGAGUCGGUCUCGUCGAUGCCGCAGCUUCGCGCGUACUUCAUGUGGCACAAUCAGGGCCUCGACCUGGCGACCAUAGCACGGCUGCUACGGGACCCGCCCCUGAAAGUGAACACCAUCACUGUCUAUAUACUCGCUGCGAUCGAACACGAGAAGCUGCCCGUGGACAAGGAGCGGCUAGAGGAGGAGAUUGCGAUCGGGUUUUUGGAGAGCACGCUGAAGGCGCGGUGGCCGUACGUCGCUUCGGUGUUGGGUUAUACCUAACCUAACCUAGGUACCUAUCUACCUAUGAUAGUUAAGUCGGCGGAUUAUGUAUUGGUGUGUACCUAAUGCAUGCAUGUAUGAAGAAUAACGAAGUGGCUUUUUAUGUUAUGUUGAAUGCUUUUGAGAUGAGUUUUGAGAAUGGUACUAGGUAGUUACGAGAGGGGACGGACAUGGAGGAAGGACAAGAAGUUCGAGAAAUAAUAAAGGACUUUGUAUAUGUACCUACUAUUCAUCCACAUGGAAGCGUAAUGGCUGCUUUUUGUGUGUGUAUAGGUUAGCUAGGUAGUUGACCGGAGUUGGUUGGUACAAGUUUAUAAGGUAUGUAACUACACGACGCUCUACCGCGCUUUUAGGUGUG